ACGCCGGAUAUUCCCCAGGGGACGUUCGCUUCGCACCGCAGAAUCCAGCGGUUAUUUUAGUCUGCAAUGGUCGCAUUGUGGCUAGCAUUUCUCCUGCUAUUGGUGCCAUUUUCCUAGCGUGUUAGUUCGCUUCCUGAGAUCAGUAUUCAUUGUGUUAGAAGUUUGGAUCGUGCGAUUAGGUUAUGCGACUAGGUCGUGCGACUAGGUAGUGCGAUCCGUCCUGCGACAGGCUCUGCGAGCUUGCGACCUCGACGAUGCAAUUCAGUUGGUGAUCCAUUUCCAGCCUGAAUGCUCAUUAGCAUAUUGUCAGAAGCGUGCGUUUUAGAAUAAGUUGCAGAAUGUCAUAGCUUUUUUUUUUCUGCAGCUUACGUGGACUGACCGAGCAUUCAAUUCGUCCUGGCUUUCUGGUUUGGAACUCUCUCGCCGCCGUGUCGUCCGACUUCCUACCCUCCUACUUUCCAUAACUGACUAACAAGACCUCAUCUGGUCUCUUAUCUCGAACGACGCUCUGUGCCAGCUGUCUCUCGGUACGGAAGUUUUUCGUCAGCUUGAGGCCUGGUUUUGAGUUCCGAUCACUCCCACGCAAUCAACAGAAGCAGAAUAGCUAGAGGGAGAAAAUAGACCGAUUCUAAUAGCAGUUGCACGUCAGCGAACAGCAGGGAUGACGGAAGAGUAUCACCAUCACAUGGACGGAAAGCGGGACGACGAAGGCGGAGCUGUAGAGUAUACCGAAGAUCUCCGUGACGGGGAUGGCGAUCCAGGAGAGGACGGAUACGACGACGACGGGUCUGGAGAGCCGUUAGAGCCGGAAAUCGUCGGAGUUCCGACUUACGAUGGGGCUUACUCGCAGUACAACAUCUACGGGAAUUUAUUCGAGGUUACUGCCAAGUAUAUCCCGCCUAUUCGGCCAAUCGGACGUGGAGCCUACGGAAUCGUGUGCUCCGCAAUCAACUCGGAGACCCAGGAGGAGGUGGCCAUCAAGAAGAUUGCGAAUGCCUUUGACAAUCGGAUUGAUGCCAAGAGAACGCUGAGGGAGAUCAAGCUGCUGCGCCACAUGGACCAUGAGAACGUGGUGGCCAUCCGAGACAUCAUCCCCCCGCCUGCUCGCGACACUUUCAAUGAUGUCUAUAUCGUGUACGAGCUCAUGGACACAGACCUGCACCAGAUCAUUCGCUCUAACCAGCAGCUCACAGAAGACCACUGCCAGUAUUUCCUGUACCAGCUGCUGCGGGGGCUGAAGUACGUGCACAGUGCCAAGGUGUUGCAUCGCGAUCUCAAGCCGUCCAACCUGCUGCUCAACGCCAACUGCGACCUCAAGAUCUGCGACUUCGGCCUCGCAAGAUCGGCAGAGGAGAGUGACUACAUGACAGAGUAUGUGGUAACCAGAUGGUACCGCGCCCCAGAGCUGCUGUUAAACAGCAAGGCGUACACAGCAGCCAUCGACGUGUGGUCGGUGGGUUGCAUCUUCAUGGAGCUGCUGAACCGCGAGCCUCUGUUCCCCGGCAAGGACUAUGUGGACCAGCUGCGCCUCAUCACCUCAAUCAUCGGCUCUCCAGAUGAUUCUGACAUCACCUUCCUUGAGAGUGACAACGCUCGUCGCUACGUGCGUUCGUUGCCCUUCGUGCGCAAGCAACCGCUUGCCACUCACUUCCCCAACAUGGCGCCCCUGGCUCUAGAUCUCAUGGAGCGGAUGCUGCUGUUUGACCCAGCUAAGCGGAUCACAGUCGAGGAAUCUCUAGAUCACCCCUACCUGGCCAGUCUCCACGACAUAAGUGACGAGCCCACGUGCCAUGCGCCCUUCACCUUUGACUUUGAGCACCCGGUUCUACCCGAAGAGACCAUCAAGGACUUGAUAUGGGCGGAGGCGAGGUCGCUCAAUCGCGACUUCUAAGGGGGAUGGGGUGUACAUGAGGUGUUGAUGCAGGGUUGUGUGGACAUGCCACCGAUGGGAAUGCAGCACGUGCCGUGCGCCCUUCACCUUCGACUUUGAGCACCCGGUUCAAUCUGACGAGACCAUCAAGGAUUUGAUAUGGGCGGAGGCAAGGUCGCUAGACCGCGACUUCUAAAAGGGAUGGGUGUAGUAGGUUAAUGGGUAACGUGGUUGGCAGUAGCUACUAUGGGAUGGGAAAGCGCCACGUGUGGAAGCUGUAAUAUUUCGACAGGUGUUGCAGGAGUCGAAGUAUAGAAUCUGCAAACACGAACACUUGGAAAACCUCAAAUGUUAGCCUAGGAUCUUUACUGGAAUGGUAGACUAGUAAGACAGCGGAAGUCUUGUAAAAGUGAACCUGAGUAUAUGUUUCUGCAGAAGUUAAGC